CUCCACUGCUCUCUCUUUCUCCCAUCACAGAAACAGUAUAACUAUGCAAACCGACAUAGAGCAACCAAAUGAAGUGUUGGGAAGAGGCCAGAGAAAGUGUAAACCCAGCUGCAAGAUGGACAGUCUAGUCUCUCUAGAGGCAGUUGCAUUCUUUGCAUAGCAUCCACAGUGUUGACAAGAAGUGAGGAAAAGGAAGAGGAAGAGGGGAGGAGGGGGAGGAGGACUUCAACUUCUGCGAGACAUAGAAGCAACGGGAUAUUUCUCUCUCCGGAGCAACCAACUCUGGAUUAUGUUUCCUGAGAGCUGGAGAGCACAGAGGAUCUGACCAGACUGUGCAUUCCACUGGUUUUACCACGUCGGAUCGUUAGCCUACUGAUGGCAUCAUGAGACACUCAAGAAGAGUCCUCAUAGCAGAGCAAUCCAAAAUGUCUGUAGACUCUUUUUAAGGUAGGAGAAGAGCUCUGUCCCAGAAUGUUGGACUGACGGCGGAAGAAUGGCAUCAGCUGUAUUCGAAGGAACUUCUCUGGUCAACAUGUUUGUAAAGGAUUGCUGGGUUAACGGUAUCCGGAGGCUUAUCAUAAGUCAAAGAGGAGAAGAGGAGGAAUUCUUCGAGAUCAGAACCGAAUGGUCGGACAGAAACAUUUUAUACUUGCACAGGAGUUAUUCGGAUUUUGGGAGGUUAUUUAAAAGAUUGGUCGAAUCAUUUCCUGAGGACAGAAGAGAUCUCUCCAAGUCUCCACUAAUAGAAGGGUUGCUGAAGAUUAAAGAGGCGAACGACAUCGAGGUGAAACUCAAUGAGGUGGAGAGGCUGUUGAAGAAUGCCAUCAACCUGCCCUGGAAGUAUGCCAGGUCAGAGGUCAUGUUGACAUUCUUUGAGAGGUCACCGCUGGACCAGGUCCUGAGGAAUGACAACGUUCACAGGAUCCAGCCAUGCUUUCAGAGCCCCAUCAAGAUAUCAGAGAUCAUGCGGUCUAAUGGCUUCUGCCUGGCCAACACGGAGACCAUCGUGUUUGAUGACAGUCUCCCUCAGGACAAAGAGAGACCCUCCUCUACCGACUCUGCAGAACAACAGUAUGAGGACAGCACAGACUUCCUCCCCCUGGAGCCAGACAUUGAUGCAGACGAAGACACAGAGGCCUAUGUCACCAACCUCUCCUACUACCAUCUGGUGCCCUUUGAGACAGACAUCCUGGAGUGAGGCCUCCCUGCAGGAGCCCGGGUGGUCUGGGGAGGGGUGCUGGCUCCUGGCUGCGUGGAGGUCAGACAGGAGCUCAUACUACCACCGUAUGUCACCCAGCUUGGAGAACGCCCGUCCAGGUGCAUGAGGACCUUGCUCACUGCUUAACGGCAGUUAUGUACUCUGCCCUCUGCAGUUUGCACGAUGCAUGUAUUCAACAUGGCUGCUUGGUCUGAGGUCAGGCAGCAGGCCUGGUGAAACUCUGCAGCUGUGAGACCAGAUUUGGUGGAAUUACUGGAGACUGUUAAAGGGAUAUUAUGUAGGUUUGUAAGUUUUGGUCAAAUGUUCUAAAUGUGAACUGAUGUGAUGACACCAGAGUGCCUCGUCACGACAGUAGAUGAAUGAGACGGUUUGUUUACUUCUCUGUCAAAUGCUGGGUUGUGUCCUUUCCCCUAUCACCUGGAUAAAGUGUUUUUGAAAAGCAAAGGUCACAAGAUCAUGAGAUGCAUAUUUUCUACAGGAUGAGAACUUUAGUCUACCCUUAUUUUCAUUUAAUGGGAAAUUCAGACCUUCUUUUUUUUUGAUUGGAUGAAACUUAAUACUCCCUAAAUGUAAUUGGAUGGAAAAUUUAUUUUAUAUCUCUAAUGGCAAUUCGGUUUUGAUGCUUGGUCAGGACAACGGAUCAGUCUAUGGAUACAUUUUAUAUUCAAAAAGUACGAUUUACAAAAAUGUGUAACUGGUUGAAUCAUGUCAGCGUUGGACAUCUCUGAGGACCUCUACAGGAAGGUUGAGUAACGGAGGUCAAGCCUGGCCCUCUUUGACCCCUGGUGAUGUAACAGCUCAUGUGAGCUGACCAGGCCACUCCAGACAGCUGACUACAGUGUGGGAGUCGUCAGCCCUGCCUCUCCGCAGUAGCAAACAAGUACUCUCUUUAUCGCAAGAAAACAAAUGGAGCAAGCAGGAUGAACACAGGGAAAUUGUUAAAACCUGAAAGUAACAUUGAAGUGUUUUGUCUUGGUGCAGUAACAUGGAAACAUUCAGUCAUGCAACUUCAGCUAAGAACAGCCCCCAGGCCUUAUCUAUGUCAUCAUCAGUAAUCCAUCUUUUGAAUCAGUGGGAUAUGGCAACUCUCUCUCUCUCUCCCCUCUCUCUCUCUCUCUCUCUCUCUCUCUCUCUCUCUCUCUCUCUCUCUCUCUCUCACACUCUCUCUCUGU